UGAUCUGGCCAACAAAAAAACGUCUCUACACAUACAUGUGUGGCAUUUGUGCCGCACUUUGCAUGUUCAUCAACGGAUACGAUGCGGCUGUCUUCAACAACCUUCAGGGUCUCGAUUCGUUCAUGCUUUAUAUGGGACUGGACAAGGAUGCGCCUAAAGACCAGAAUAUGAUCGGAGCAGUAACGUCGAGCUACCUGGCAGCCAGUAUCGCCUCUGGUAUUACUGUGUCUCCUUUGAUUUCACAUUACCUUGGCCGCCGAGCAACCAUCUUCGCAGGCUGUCUGCUUGUCGCUGUUGCCUCUAUAGUCCAGACAUUCUCUACAAACAUUGGUGCUUUUAUUGCUGGUCGUGUUAUUCUUGGUAUUGGACAGGGUAUUGCUCUCCCAGCCGGCCCUGUAUUCAUGAGUGAAAUUUGCUCCCCUGAAGUUCGAGGUCGCAUGCUUUCAUUCUGGCAGAUGAUGUAUAGUGUCGGUGCUCUGGUUACCUCCUUCACUGCUUAUGGUUGCAAGCUCAACGAAGGUCUUGGUCUCUGGCAGUGGAAGACUGUCACUCUCCUUCAGGCAGCUAUCCCAGUCAUUUGCUGUGCUACCAUCUUUACUUGCCCAGAAUCCCCUCGUUGGUUGAUCUCCAAAGGAAAAUUUGACCAAGCAAAGAGAGCUCUGGAACGUACUCGUGAGGAGGACCAAGUCGUCGAGGAAUUUGAAGGUAUUAAAGCUUCAAUCGAAUGGGAAAAAGAAAAUAGUUCCAACUCUCUCAAGGAAUUGUGGGUUGAUAAGUCUAUUCGCAGACGUAUGAUUCUCGGUUUGAUUAUGAACUUUGGUCAGCAGCUUACCGGUCAGUCCAUGAUGACCAGUUAUUCGACCAAGGUUUACCAGAAAAUCUUUAACGACGACGCAACUGUCCUUUUGAUUAAUGCUCUCAACUUUACCUUUGGUAUCCUUUUCACCUUGACCUGCACUUUCUUCUCUGACAAGCUUGGACGUACAAAGAUGCUUAUUGGCUGUGCAUUUGGCCAAGCUGCUAUGUUGCUGAUUGCCGCUACUGUUUAUCUCGGCACACCUACUCUUCCUGAUGGCGCAAAGUCAUUUGCUAUUGGUGUUGCACUUGUUUUGGUUCUCUUUCUUUUUACUUUCUUUUACAAGCCAGGAUGGGGUGCCACUACUUGGAUCUAUACUUCGGAAAUCUUCCCCAUGCGUGUCCGUGGUACUGCAGUCGCAAUUUGCACUAACACUCAAAGUGUCGGUGGUCUUGUAAUGGGUCAAGCUUUCCCUUCCAUGUUUACUACUAUGGGAUUCUACUCUUUCUACGUCUGGAUGGGUGUCAAUCUUUUACUUGUUGUCCUCAUCUUUUUAUUCUAUCCUGAAACCAAGGGUGUUCCUCUUGAAGAGAUGGACCCUAGAAAGAAUAUUAAUAGGAGGUGA